AUGUUUUACCCCGUGACUCCUCCCCUUCAGGAAGCCCCGCCCCCUCCUUUGGUUCACUCCUCUUCCUCUCGCCUGCACCACGCUUCUCUUCUGCUACGUAGCCUGCUUCUGACUGUCGUCCUCUGCGGAGCUCGUCGGGCCUCCCUCUGCCCCUCUCACACAACAAGUAUGUCCGACACAGAAUUUGAUAGUGCCGAUUCUGGGGCCUCCGAGACUUAUCCCCGGCAAUGCUCUUCUCUGAGAAAGAAUGGUCACGUGAUGUUGAAAGGCCGCCCGUGCAAGAUCGUGGAAAUGUCCACUUCUAAGACUGGCAAACACGGACACGCUAAGGUUCACCUUGUUGGAAUUGAUAUUUUCACUGGGAAAAAGCUUGAAGAUAUUUGCCCAUCCACCCAUAACAUGGACGUUCCAAAUGUUACAAGGAAGGACUACCAGCUUCUCGACAUUGACGACAAUUUCAUGCAUCUGUUGGAAGACAACGGCGAUACCAGAGAGGAUCUUAAAGUCAUGGAUGAUGAAAUCGGCAAAGAGAUCAAGAAUAGACAUGAGAAUGGCGAUAACAUUCUUGUGACCAUUUUAAAGGCUGUGGGUCAAGAAGUGCCUGUUGCUACGAAAAACGCGCCUUAA